CCGCUUGUUGAUCGCAGAGCGCUGAAUAGUUGCGCCGAGCCCGCCCCGAGCGUUGAAUAUCUAUUUUCGAAUCCCAACAUCGCUUGGAUCUUCCCUCCUGCACGCGUCACCUCUCCCCGUCGCACCCGCCGCCUGUAGCAGCCAUGUCCAGCGAUCCUCCCAACGAUCCCGAGAUCCUCGCCCAUGUCGAGAAGUUUUGGGAGGGCCGCAAGCCUAGCAGCCCCAUCUACCAGUUCCUGCUCGACGACAUCAAGCUGACCUAUGCCUCCAAAGGCGUCGUGCGCGCGCAGCUGCCGCUGACCAAGAACCAUGUAAACACGCACGGAAGCAUUCAUGGCUCAGUCUCUGCCACGCUGAUUGACUGGGUGGGCGGCAUAGCUAUUGCUGCUUGGGACAACAGGACCAAGACGGGCGUAUCUACCGACAUCCACAUCUCAUACCAGAGCGGGGCAAAAGAUGGCGACACCAUCGAGAUUGAAGGCAGGGCUGGCAAGGUGGGCGGAACCCUCGCCUUCACAACAGCGACCAUAUGGAAGCUUGUCGAUGGCAAGCCGGGCCCGAUUGUAGCCACGGGCUCUCACACCAAGUUUGUAAAGGUGUGAGCGGUCUUUUGUAGAACGCCAUCUUCUUUGAGGUCUCGUCCAGCUCUCCAUGGACGAUCGAACUCCACUCGGAUCGCGAAGAUU